GUUAUCCUCAUAUGACUGACUCCGCAAGACGGCGCUGGAGAAUUCGAAAAUGGCGGCAUUCAAAAGGAAAGCAUGAGAAUUUGAUUGAUAUAUCUCGACUACACAAACUACGCGUUAUUAACACAAACCAAAGUAAUUGACUGCCUGCCAACAUGGUGUCCAUGAUGGGCAGCAUUCCCCCUCUGACUCUCCAAGAUGUACUGGACAGCGCUGGACGCCAAGUCGACAAACAUCUGCAGGAAGACAAAAACUACCUUGACUUGUCUGAGCUGCUGAGAAUUCCCUCACAUAGUCAGCCAACCCAGAGUGGACUGAUGGACAUUGACUAUCCAAGCCUGCUGGAGGCUGGGAUGGGGCUUGAGGGGCUUACUGAGAUGACCAGCAUCAAGAGGGUGCCCCUACCCCCAGAGCUCGUUGAACAGUUUGGACGCAUGCAAUGUAACUGUAUGAUGGGCUUGUUCCCGGACAUUGAGAGGGCGUGGCUAACCAUCGACAGCGACAUCUUUGUGUGGAAGUAUGAAGAUGGCACGGACCUUGCUUACUUUGAUGGUCUGAACGACACGAUCCAGUGUGCAGCACUUGUGAAACCCAAACCAGGUAUCUUCCAGCCGCACAUCCAGUACCUCCUGUGUCUGGCCACAGCAGUGGACAUCGUCCUGCUCGGGGUCAGCUUCGCCAGACCCUUUGAAGGGAGCAGUGGUGAGCUAGGUGUGGGGGAGAUGCACCUCCUCCCUGACCCCCUCUUCUCCAUCCCCACCGACAACACCGGCAUCUUCAACAUAGCCGGGGCAGACAAUGGCCGAAUCUUCAUGGCAGGGAAGGACGGUUGCCUCUACGAGCUAGCCUACCAGGCUGAAGACGGCUGGUUCAGUCGCAAGUGCCGCAAGAUCAACCACUCCACAAGCAAGCUGUCUUUCCUUGUACCCUCCAUAUUUAACUUCAGUGAAGAUGAUCCAUUGGAACAAAUCUGCAUAGACAACUCCAGGAACAUCCUGUAUGCUCGCUCUGAGAAGGGAACCAUUCAGGUGUUUGAUCUCGGUGACGACGGAAGGGGAAUGGGGAGGGUGGCAGCACUGUCCCAGAACACAGUGAUGACUCAUGCUGCGGCAGUGGCCAGAACUGUGGAGAGGUCCAACUUCAAGCAGAUAGUUCACCUGGCAGUCAUCACCAAGUCAGAAUCCUACAACAUACACCUUGUGGCAGUCACUCAGUCAGGUGUCCGGCUGUAUUUCACAACCAAUCAGUUUGGGUCCAGCAAAGGUCGUCCGAGCCUCCUGACCCUGGUGCAUGUGCGCCUCCCCCCAGGGUUCUCAGCCUCCUCCACCACACAGAGACCCAGCAACAUCCACAUGGCCUACCAUCACAGAGACACUCUGAUGUUAGUGGCCCCCAGAAUGAUGACAACGACAUGUUGUGGGCCAUCAGCAGCCGACUCCUUCCCCUUCCAGAACCAGCUCAUGGAGACACAGAUGACGCUGCCGGUUGAUGGUAAGACCUGGGCAAUGUGUGAAUCCACCACCCCUCUUUUACCCUUGCCAGAAGCUACAAAGUCAUUGUCAUCUCGGCCAGACCCUCCUUCAGUGGUCACCCAACACGUAAAACCUCCACGAAGGUUCAUUGUUCUUAGUGCACAGGGCAGUCACAUCCUACAGAAACUGCGGCCAAUGGAACAGCUCCAGCAGCUGCUGAUCGAGUGCCAGGGACCAGAUGCUGAUGAGGUCAAGGGAUUCUUCCGGCUACAUCGGAUUGAGCUGGCCUGUGCUACAUGCUUGGCAAUAGCCUGCUCUCGGCCACUAGCAGAGCAACAGGUUGGAGACUGGGCAAGGAUGGCGUUCUUCAUGUACGGAGGGGAAGCUCAGUAUAACUUCAGCGCCCCCGCUUUCGGAGGUCACAUGGGUGCUGCCAACAUCGGUCCAGCAUCCUUCUCUUCUGGUCCUAUGGGGUCAGUGCCUGCCUCACUCAGCAGCACUGUAAUCUACAGCCCCACUUCCCAUGGGACCAGUUUCGCUCCUUUCGCAACCCCUAUGCCAGGUAUGCAGCCCGCCCACAUGUCCACACCAGCUCCACACAGCUUCCAGCAGUCCUUCUACCAACCAGGACUUACCUCCCUUGGCAGCCACUCCCAGGAAGUCAUUUACUCCGGCAAACAUAACGGCAUCUGUAUUUACCUCAGCAGAAUACUCAGGCCCUUCUGGGAUUCCCAGGUAACGACGGAGUUCCCCUGUCAGACACCUCAAGGGAUGGUCACUUAUCUGACCAGCAGCUACAGCAGCGACAACAUCACCACCACCCUGGAGCUGGUACGGGACCUCCUUGACUUUAUGGACUUCAACUCCAGGUUUGACUCGGGUGGCCCAGUAGAUAGCAUGAUGCCGAUGAUGCAGUUCCAGUCACGUAUGGUCGGGCCACUGGAUGAGCAGACAAAAAAGAAACUACAAGCGGAGGCCCAGAGACAGGAGAAGAUCUCCCUCCAGCACAUCCAGGACAUGCUGCACCGUGUGGAGGAGGUCCUGGGGCUGUGGAAGGUCCUGUUUGAUCACCAGUUCCACGUCAUCGCAUCCGGCCUCACCAAGGAUCAACAGAAUCAGCUCAGGUCGAUGUCUUUCAAGCAGCUUGUCAUCAGUGGGAAGGAAAUGUGUAAUUCCUUGAUCACAUGUCUUAUCAAUCGUUACCUUGACGACAAUGCAACAAUAGAUGCCAUCAGUAAGAAGCUGAGAGAAGUGUGUCCAUCAUUGUACAGCUCUGACGAUGCCACAUGCUCUAAGGCCAACGAGUUGCUGCAGGCAGCAAGAGUCAACCAGAAGCAGCAGGAGAAGAGGAAGCAGCUGUACGAGGCACUCCGGCUGUACAAGAAUGUGAACACACCUCUGCAGCUGCCAGCUGUGUGUAGCCAGUUCGCCAAUAUCAACUUCUACGAGGGCAUCGUUGAGAUGUGUCUGACGGAGGCUCGAAAACUGGACCCGCAGGACCUAGCAUCUCACUUCUAUCAGAACGGGGAGCCACCUGAAGACACCCAGGGAUUCCAGGCAUACUACCACAGGUUGGAGUGCUACAAGUGCAUCACCGAGAUCCUGGGCUACUUAUGGUCAGCCAGCGUAUCUCACCCCCAGGCUCCCAGUGUCCCCAAGUCUCCUGGCCCACCUCCAGCCCCGGACCCCAGCCGUGUCGCCGCCCCACAGGCAGACCAAUACAGGACGGAUAUCCUGAGGAUGGCCCUCAAGUCAGAGGACGCUCUGUUCCACACGUCCCUGUACGACUGGUUCUUCAUCACCAACAAUUCCGAGAAACUCCUAGAGAUCCAGACCCCAUAUGUGGAGGCAUAUCUGAAGCGGAAGACACAACUACACUCUGGCAAUGUAGAGGCUCUUGAUAUGCUGUGGAAGUACUAUGAGAAGAUCCAGAACUUCCCCGCUGCAGCAAAGAUCUUGUCCCAACUGGCAGAGAGACACAGCAUGGAUGUGCCCCUCCACCAGCGUAUCGAGUACCUUUCACGAGCCAUCAUGUGUGCCAAGAGCUCCACAUCUAGGAUCAUGUCUGCCGCUGGGGGAGAAUUCUUGCACGAGCUUGAAGAGAAGAUGGAGGUUGCCCGACUCCAGCUGCAGGUACAGAAGGCGUUGGCCAAGUCUCUUGGCCUAUCCAUCCCACACGGUGACACCAGGGGGCUUUUGGUUAGGCUGGACUCAGAACUGCUGGACAUCACCACGCUGUACGAAGAGUAUGCAGACAGGUUUGACUUAUCGGAGUGUAAGCUGGCCAUUGUCCACUGUGCUGGACUGUACGACAAUGCGCUUAUUGAUAACCUGUGGCAGAGCAUCAUUGAUAAAGACUUCUCCACCAAUUCAGCAGCGGCAGCCCAAGUUCGAGUGACCAACAUCAGCAAUCAUCUCGUCAGUGUUGCUAAGAUCUAUGUCAACACAGAGAGGUACUUCCCUGUGGCUUUCAUCAUUCGACAUCUCGAACAGAAGAGUUGUGAGCUGAACUUUGACCCAACCUGGGUGUUCCAGGCUAUGCUGGAUAUCGGCGUGGCGCCACCCAAACUGCUGGAGAUAUAUGACAGGAUGUUCAAGUCACGCGACCCAUAUUGGCAGACACGACAGAAGCCUCUACAUCUGCUGGUGGUGUUGAUGAGCUUCCUGACUCACUACUCCAACAACCCUAACAUCAUCCCCACAAUGGAGAGGAGGCGGUUCUCAACAGUGUGUCUGGAUGCUGUGUCCAGCUACCUGGUGGAGCUCCAGGCCAGGAGCAGCGCUGACCAGACAGUCCGGAGGCUCAUCAGUCAGUUCAAGAGUCUUCAGUCCAAGCUGGAGCGCUUAUAGGACCACAACAUUACAAAGAUAUAUUGUACAUCCCUGAGACCUGUCAAAUGAGACUGCAAAGUCCUUGAUCAUUGAGGAUGUUCACCGAACAAACUCAGCACAAGGAAUAUAUUGUGGUUGGCAGGGGAAUUAUACGAAAAGAGUAUAGGUGUAUGCUAGGUCUGAGGCUGUGAAAGUCUCGCAACAUGAAAACAAAGACAUUAGCAUAACAGAGUCUAAAAUUCCCGAUGAGAAAGGAUGCAUUUCAGGAUGGUUCUGAACUUCUUAAUCAGAAUGUCAUGGAUAGCAGUCUGCAUUUCAAAUGUUCAUGUUUUUAUAAGAGCCUUAAACAGUACUGGAUACACUGAUGUUAGUUUUACAGAAGAAAACAUGAUGGCAGUUUUGAGUGAGUGACAUAACAUUUUGGUUGAAAGACGUGGUUGGAUCUGUAUGAACUGCAGUACUCUGAUCAGGUUACAACUUCAUCAUCAGCAUGUCAUGUGGAACGAAUUUAAGUUUACUGUCCUGUAUCAGUAUUAGGAGAGGAAAUAAUUGGUGAAGUAUUCAGAUUCUUCAAGUUUAGCAAUGUCCUGUGUGAUGGAUGUGUCUACAGGCAACACGAAGGAUACAAGGGUCUGUCUGUGUUGAAUGGAUGGGAAGUGUGUUGAUACAAUGGGACCGUAAUGUGCUAUUAUGUUGUGCUAAGUUGUCAUGUAUGGUGAUCAAAAUAUGUUACAGAACACCAGAUUUUUCCAUAUGAUGUUAAUCUAUCAUGUGAUAAAGUCAGUUGUAUACAUGAACGCUUCAUCACUUCAUAUUGUGAUGAUCGUCAUUGUGACAUCUGUAAAUGGUAUAUUAUGAACCAGUGUCAUUUCUUACGUAAAUCAUGGUUUUAUUACAAUCUCAAUGUGAAUGUUAUGCUGGUGCCAACUGCAUAUACUUUGAAAUCAUGCGAUUUCUUUGUUUCUCAUUAACAUCUUUGGUUCAUGAAUCACAAGGCAUUAUUGUGUAAAAAGAACGAAACAUGUACAUAGAAAUGAAAUGAGGUUGGUGCUCAAUAAAUGUUGUAUAAAGACAAA